AUGCUGUCCCUCUCAGCCGUCCCCACAGCAGCGCUCACUGCCGGCAGAGCAGCUUCCGCUGCUUCCGCCUCCACCAGCUUCGCCCGCUCCGUCGUCCCCGCGCCUCUCCCCGCUCCCCUCUCCGCCGCUUCUCGCGCGGGUCGCACCCACCUCCUCCGCUGCCGCGCUGCUGCUGUCGAGGACGGAGCCGUGAAGGAGGUGCCAGUUGAGGCUGAGGAGCUGAGCAAUGGUGCAGCUGUGGCCGCACCGACAGUGGACGAGGUGCAGUCGCUGCUGAUGGAACUUUGCGACGAGACUCACAUCGCCGAGCUUAAGGUCAAGGUCGGCGCCUUCUCGCUGCACGUCAAGCGCGACGUGGACGGCAGCAUCGGGAAUGCUGUGGCUUGCAGUUCUCGCAGUACCCCCUUUGACUCCCCUCCCCCUCCUCCACCCACGUGUCAGGUCGGCGCCUUCUCGCUGCACGUCAAGCGCGACGUGGACGGCAGCAUCGGGCAUGCCGUGGCUGCAGCUGAAGCCUCCGCCGCAGCCGCCGCCGCCCCGGUGGUGUACGCCGCGCCAGUGCCCGCCUUCCCCAUGGCGGAGUCCCUCCCCCCCGCCGCUGCCGCGGAGCCCGUGGCGGAGGUUGCUGCGGAGCCAGAGAAGCCCAAGGAUGAGGGGCUUGUCUAUGUCACGUCGCCGCGGGUGGGCAUCAUGCGACGUGGCAAGCUGUACAAGGGCAAGCACGGCCGGCCAAUUGUGCUCGAGGGAGCAGUGGUGAAGAAGGGGCAGGCCAUGUGCUUCCUGGAGCAGCUCGGCACCAACCUGGCGAUCGAGACGGAGCAUGCGGGCACAGUGGUUGAUUUCCUGGUGGAGGAUGGAGUCCCUGUGGGCUACGGACGCCUCGAAAAUCAACCCGUCGUUUUCCAACCUCCCUCCUCCAUUACCCUCUUCGUCUCAUCCCCUUUUCCCCAUCUCCCACCAACAGUCCCCGUAGGCUACGGUGAGCCCCUGGCGGCCAUUCGCCCGUCUUUCCCCGGCAUCAUGAAGCUCACCUAA